UACGCUACAACCUGUACUUUUUCAUACACUCGGCAUUACAUUAUAGUUUUUUUUUAUACAUAGUAAUUAUUAUUAUUAUAAAGUCGAAAUUAAUAGUUUAUGUAUUUUUAUUGCUCACGUGGAGGAAAACACACUUUGUGCGCUCGUUUGCCUUCUUUGGUCCUUCCAGGUCACCGUACAGCACCGUCAGCGUGACUGCGGUGACUGAGGAGGGAAAGCCUCGGUAGAAAUGCUGUAACUUAAUUCUGAGCUGGACUCAUAACAUCGAAAAAUGAGCGCUUCUGACAUGAAGAUCAUCACUGUGAUCGGCAGUGGUCUGAUAGGCCGCUCCUGGGCUAUGCUGUUUGCCAGUGGAGGCUACAGGGUGAAGAUCUAUGACAACCAACCAGGACAGUCUGCCAAGGCCAUCACAGAGAUCAAGAAACAGCUGGUAGAGCUGGAGGAAGCCCACAUGCUGCGAGGGGAGCUGACUGCUGUGCAGCAGCUUGCCCUUCUCAGUGGUUAUGAUGACCUGUCCCAGGCGCUGGAGGGGGCUUUCUUUGUCCAGGAAUGUGUAUUUGAGCAGCUUGAGGUCAAGCAGAGCGUCUUCCAUGACAUAGAGCAUAUUGUGGGAAAAGACGUCAUCCUGAGCAGCUCCACGUCCUGCCUGGUGCCAAGCAAAGUCUUCUCUAAAGUACAGAAUAGGAGUCGCUGCCUCGUCUCUCAUCCGGUAAACCCACCCUACCACGUCAAACUGGUGGAGCUGGUACCUCACCCAGAUACGGCAGCAACCGUUAUGGACACCACCCAUGCUCUGAUGACCAAGGUUGGCCAGGCACCUGUCCUUCUGAAAAAAGAGAUUGAUGGCUUUGCCCUAAACAGAGUUCAAGCUGCCAUUAUUGCAGAGUCAUGGAGGCUAGUCCAGGAUGGUUUUAUCUCUGUGAAGGAUAUCGACCUGGUGAUGUCAGAGGGACUAGGAAUGCGUUACGCCUUGAUAGGUCCCAUGGAAACAAUGCACCUCAAUGCACCUAAAGGUUUGGAAGACUACAUGAGCCGAUACGGUGAAAAUAUAACGAGGGUCCUGUCUUCCUUUGGGCCUGUGCCUGACUUCUGUGGUGAAGGAGCCAAGAGCAUCAUUAAUGAGAUGUGUGAGCUGAUUCCCAGUGACCAGCAGCAUCUGUCAGCCAGGCAGGAGAGGAGGGACCAGUUCCUCAUGCGUCUGGCCAAACUGAAGGAGGACUGCUAAGCUCGGGGUCCAAACUCAAGCACACUUCUGACUAUGACUGUUGGCUGAGAGCAUUUUAUUUCUAGUUAUGAGAAAUUCCAUAAACUCAGUAAGAGAUUUUUUUUAACCUUCUUUUACUUUGUUAAAUGUAAUGCCAGCGCAACAACGGAAUAAACGAAGCAAACGGUUAAAUGUAGUCGAGAUAGGAUUGUUGAUUUCAGCAUGAUGGUGAAGAUCUGUUAAAGCACAAACACAAUGACUGAAAAGGGCUUUUUUUUUAAAUCAGUAAUGAACAAUCUUCCUUAUAUGAUGAGUUCUACCAAUAUUAGAACAUAACCGUGGAUCUACUACCCAUUAUGAAUACAGUUAUAACCAAUAUUUUUUCCUCUAAAUCUACAGCAUGUUUUAACUACUCUACAUCCUGGUUACAAGACUAACUGUGGUAAAAAUGUGAAAACAUUGAUGUCACUCAGCCACAUUAAUGGUCUCUUGUGUAAACAAAUUUCUUGAAAAUGUGAAUCAGUGUUUUGAUUAAUAAAAAUAAUGCAAUCAUG